AUGGCGUGCAACAACGUAACGAUUGUCAAGGCUAUGGUCAUCUCGGAAGAAGGAGGAAGAGUCAUGCUCUUCACCCCGAAAUUCGAAGAAAACCUAGUCAUCCACAACCAAUCAAAGAAAAGGCAACCAGGAGAGCUCUUUGAAAUCACUGUCUAUUCCGAAGACUACCAUCCAAGGAAAGGGGAAUUAGAUGAAACAACUUGUUCUGGAUGGAAAGUUAAAUUGGAUGGAGAAAAAUUAGGAAUUCAAUCGAUCUACCUUCCCAGCCAAAAUCAAAAAGGAGGGGAACUGCUACUGAAGGUCCUCUUUCACAAUCAGUUUCCGUGGUUCGGGGAGACGGGCCACUACUACAACGGAUUCUUUCCGUUCGCGAAAGUCAAGCAUACAAACUCAGCAGUGGAGGCAUGGCUCAAGACCUUCUCGAAGGAGAAAAAACUGAGCAUGGAGCUCCAAAUGGGAAGGGACGGAGCCAUUGCCAUCGGAAUGGCACGACGGUUCACGACGGAAGAAAAGGAGGGGAAUGCAGCCUUUGUAACAAGAUAUCAAUCAGCAGAGGAGGCAGGACUCCAGCCACUACUCCGGUCCCCACACCCAUACGUCUGGCUUCCGGAGGGACAGAGACCACUCAGAGGGUUCGCAAGAAUCACCAUGCAGCAAGGAAGAAACCCUCAGGAGGAGGAUUCGGAGAACGAAGAAUGGGAAAUCGUGGCGAGAGACGAUUUGGAAUAA